AUGUCUAGCCGACCAACCGUCGUCCUGAUUCCAGGCUCCUUCUGCUCUGCAAAUGCCUACGAUCCAAUUGUCACGCCCCUCCGUUCCAAAGGCUACGACAUCCAAGUUCUCGAGCCGCCUUGCUACCCCGCAGGCUACGAGCGCAAAUCCGAUGGCGCGCCACCGAACAUGUACGCCGAUGCCCGGUAUAUCAAGGAGCACGUGGAGAAACUAUCAGAUGAAGGCAAAGAAGUCGUCUUCGUGGCUCACAGUUACGGCGGCAUCCCAGCAACCGAGUCCCUCAAGGGCAUAACUAAAAAAGAACGCGAGCAGCAGGGUAAACCAGGCGGCGUGGUCCGCAUUGCCUAUCUCACCGCGCUCGCGCCGCGCCUCGGUGAAACCGCUUUUCAGACGCUGGGAGACCAGGGCGGUGUUGUACCUUCUGCUGGCGAAGACGGCUGGAUGUACCACAAAGACCCCGCCCCCGUCGCGGCCCUCACCUGCAGCGACCUCCCCCUCUCCGAAGGCAUCAUCCACGUCGCCAAAAUGGGUCGCCACUUUGGAGCCUGUUUCCUGGACCCCUUGACACACGCGGGCUACAAAGACGUGCCUGUGUCGUGGUUCUUUGCAGAGAAGGAUUUAGUCGUUGUGCCCAAGGUGCAGCAAUUGGCUAUUGACACUAUCGAGGCGAGUUGGGCAGGGACUGAGAGGGAGGGCAAGAAGGUGGAUGUUACGAGGUUGGAGUGUGACCAUUAUCCGCUUGUGUUGGAGGAUAAGAGGGCGAGGCUUCAGGAGUGGGUUGAGGGGCUUGUGGAGAAGGGGGGUAGGGAUUGA